AUGGAAUCAGAUCGACUGGUAAUACAAAAAUAUUUCGAACGUGGAUUUUCGGGUGGACAAAUCUUUCAACACGUGAAACAACUUGGUAUUACGCGAAGUUGUGUUUAUCGGACCAUACGUCGAUUACGCGAUACUGGAUCAAUACCAGAUCAUCCUCGAUCUGGCCGACCUCGCACGUGUCGAACCAAAGAACGGAUCAAAAGAGUGAGAGAAAAAAUUCGACGAAAUCCUCAACGAUCGGCAAGAAAAUUGGCAUUGGAAGAAGAUAUCGAUACUCGAUCAAUGCGACGAAUAGUGCAAAUCGAUCUCGGGCUUAAAGCAUACAAAAAACGUAAAUUACAUGGAUUAUCAACAAAGCAAAUGGCGGCUAGGCUCGAAAGAUGCAAAGCACUAACAGUGCAGCGAUUUCAGAAGUCGAGAUCCACCAUGAUCUGGGGUGCCAUAUCGUACAACGGCAAAAUUCCACUGAAAUUCGUCGAAAAGGGUGCUAAAAUCAACGCCGAGUAUUAUCAAGAUGAAAUUUUGGAAUCUACAUUAAAGCCCAACAUCAGUACGUUAUAUCCAGACGGUCAGUGGAUUUUCCAGCAAGACUCAGCACCAGCUCACGAGGCGAAGUCGACGCAACAGUGGUUAGCCGAAAAUUGUCCAGAUUUUAUCAGUUCCAAAGAAUGGCCGUCGUCAUCACCAGAUCUUAAUCCGCUGGACUUUUCGAUAUGGGGAACAUUAGAGGCCAUUGUCAAUGCAAAGCAACAUCGUAGUUUGGAAUCGCUAGAACGAACGUUGGUUCGAGAGUGGAAUCGAUUACGGAUGGAGACGCAAGAUCAAGAAAUAGAACAAGAAUUAUUUAUAGAUUUACCAGAUGAUAUACAGCGAGAACUAGCAGCAGAACAAGCAAAAUUCGAUUAUGCAUAA